AAAUAACCCCACAAAUCUUCCACCAGAAAGCAGUUCUCUUCGCUCUUCACUCACAGCAAUGGCAGCAAGUCGAUACACCUCCGUCUUGAUCCUGGUUUCUCUGCUUGUUCUACUCACAUUCUCUCACGUAGCUGAGGCUUACAAGACGCUUCCUCAGUCAGCGUGCACACCGAGAUGUAAGAACCGUUGCUCGGCGACAUCGCACAAGAAGCCGUGCAUGUUCUUCUGCGAGAAGUGCUGUGCCAAAUGCAAAUGUGUUCCUCCGGGCGUCGUUGGCAACAAGCAAAUGUGCCCUUGCUACAACAACUGGAAGACCCAAGAAGGACGACCCAAAUGCCCUUAAAUUAAAUAUAUAUAUUUAUUUCGAAAAAUCUUGGCUUUAUAUAGUUUCCAAGAUUAUUAUUAUUAUUAUUAUUAUUAAUCCUGUCACUAAUUCCAUAUCUUUUGGUAUGUGACAAUUAUGUUUAUAUAUUAUUUGUUUAAUGCAUUAGGACGACCCUAAUGUUAACGUAUGCCCUACUGUCCUAGCUUCUUAUAGGCUGUGGCUUUAUUUCCUUUGUAUUCAAUUUUGUAAACUUCGAUUUGAAAAUGAAAGAAUCCGGUAACGAAGUUGUCGAACCAA